CUUGUUGUCAAUUCAUUGGCAGUUUAUGGUAACAGGCAACUGAGCAGAGCUGUAAACAAGGUUUCUGUAAAAUCUUUAAGUUCCCAGUUUAGCUUGUUUUGCAGUAACCCUUUAAACAGUUGUUUCUUAGCUUAGUUUGUUGUACCAGAUGCUUGUUGUGUAGCCACCCCCCUCUGGUUUACAUGUGGUUUUCAUUGAGUCGUUUGACUGUGGAAUUUUAAUAUGUGGUGGGCAGGCCUGUGUGGUUGCAUGGAGUUUCUGCUGAAUACACUUAAUUCACUCUUGCUUUAGUCAUACACAAAAUCGUAAUCCAGCCAUCUUCUGUUGCUUUGUUUGUCUCAACUGUUGGGACAAAGACGCAAGUUAUUAGCAGAACUGUGGUGUAUUAAUUUGUUAGUCACAUGUAAUCUUGGUUUAAUGGGAUAGUUGUUCCAACCUCUAUUAAUUUCUUCCACUGAGCACAGAAGCAGAUAUUUUGAUAUUUUUAAGAAUAUGGAUAACCAAACAGUUGCUGGCCCCCGCUGACACCAAGUCAAUGUGAACCAGAAACUGUCUGGUUACCCACGUUCUUCAAAAUAUCUGCGGUUGUGUUCAACAGAAGAAAGACACUAGUAAAGGUUUUGGGGAGUAAAUGAUGAGUUUCCAUUUUUUUGUGUGAUCUCUUCCUGGGUUGAAAUGUGGUGUUUGAUACCAUGCACAGAGGUUUAGUUGUAUAAAUGUCCUGGUCCUUCACAUAGACAUGUUCCGUCCUUCUUUAAAUCAAAGGAAAGUGUGAAAGAGCAAAUUCAAGAUUCAGUCUGCACACUCAUUCCUCUUGGUUGACAACCCGGAAAUGUAAAACUGCCCCUCUCCCCAUGGUCUACUGAGAUCUUGCUUCAUAGGUUUCUGGUGGGGGGAUGUCUUGUGGUCGAUCUCUGACCCCACCCAGCCUUAAGGCUAUGCUGUUUGCACAGGAAAACUGAAUGCAACAUUGUCCAUUUCCUGCGUUCAGAGUUUUCUGAUGUAAACUUGUCCUUAUUUGGACAUCCCACUAUCAUUCUUUCCUUUACUGGUGGUUGUUGGCAUUCCGGUUAAAGGUUGGAUUAGUCUACCAUCGUUUUUUCCUCAAGUGUUCUUUUUGUAAACCUCAGAACUGCCUGUCUAAACUUCUUAAAAAUGACUGAAACCUGUUUGACCUGGAGUUUUUCGCUCUCUUUUUUUUUUCCCAGAGAGGAUCUGACGAGCUGUUCUCCUGUGUUUCCAGUGGGCCCUAUAUCAUGAGCUCAGCAGCCAACGACAGCAAGAAGUUCAAAGGUGACAUCAGAAGUCCUGGCGUCCCGUCCAGAGUUAUACAUGUCCGCAAGCUGCCCAAUGACAUCAACGAAGCGGAGGUCAUCUCCCUCGGCCUUCCCUUUGGCAAAGUCACCAAUCUGCUCUUGCUGAAGGGAAAGAACCAGGCUUUCUUGGAAAUGAAUACUGAAGAAGCAGCCCAGACGAUGGUUACUUACUACUCCUCUGUAACGCCCGUCAUCAGAAAUCAUCCCAUCUUCAUGCAGUACUCAAACCACAAAGAGCUAAAAACAGACAACUCACCGAACCAAGUGAGGGCACAGGCAGCACUGCAGGCGGUGAAUGCUGUCCAGACAGGUAGCAUGACUCUAGGUGCCGUUGACCCAUCUGGUUUGACUGGCCCCAGCCCUGUCCUGAGGGUCAUCGUUGAAAACCUCUUCUACCCUGUGACCCUAGAUGUCCUGCACCAGAUCUUCUCGAAGUUUGGCACUGUGCUGAAAGUGAUCACUUUCACAAAAAACAACCAGUUUCAAGCUCUCCUCCAGUUUGUUGAUGGCCUGAUGGCACAAAAUGCCAAGCUGGCUCUAGAUGGACAGAACAUCUACAAUGGCUGCUGUACCUUGCGUAUCAGCUUUUCCAAACUUACCAGUUUAAACGUCAAAUAUAAUAACGACAAGAGCCGUGACUACACUCGCCCGGACCUGCCAACUGGGAACAGCCAACCCACUAUUGAACAUCACGCUGUUGCUGCUGCUUUUGCUGCUCCCGGGAUCAUCUCUGCCGCACCAUAUGCAGGAGUGCAUGCCUUCCCUCCGGCUUUUGCUAUCCAGCAGGCUGCAGGGUUGACAAUACCUGGGGUUCCCAGAGCCCUCGCCUCGCUGACCAUUCCCGGGGCAGUGGCGGCUGCGAGCAGACUGGGCUUCCCCGUCCUCCCCGGCACCCACUGCGUCAUGCUGGUCAGCAACCUGAACCCUGAGAGAGUUACGCCCCACUGCCUCUUUAUUCUCUUCGGUGUAUAUGGGGAUGUAUUGAGAGUGAAAAUUAUGUUCAAUAAGAAGGAGAAUGCUCUCAUUCAGAUGUCUGAUGGGACACAAGCUCAGCUUGCAAUGAGCCAUCUAAACGGGCAAAAGUUUUAUGGCAGGCCCCUGCGCAUCACGCUGUCCAAACACACGACUGUCCAGAUGCCACGGGAGGGACAUGAGGACCAGGGUCUCACCAAAGACUACAGCAGCUCUCCUCUCCAUCGCUUCAAGAAGCCAGGCUCCAAAAACUACUCCAACAUCUUUCCUCCCUCAUCUACCCUGCACCUGUCUAACAUCCCACCCUCGGUUGUUGAAGAUGACCUCAAGAUGCUCUUUGCUAGCAAUGGUGAUCUUGUCAAGAACUUCAAGUUCUUUCAGUAA